AUGAGGGUCCUCGUAUUGGCUAUGCUGAUCCCAGCAUUAGCGCAAGCUUGGUAUUAUGGGAGGCCGGAACCAAAUGCGUGGACGACCGGUGGUGUCUGGCCCCUGCCUUGGACAAUCAACUAUUUUACCGGCAACCAUUCUGUAAAUCCAUCGCGAUUCCGAUUCCAGGCCAAACAAGCGGGUUGUGACAUCAUCGACAAGGCAAUUGCCCGGUAUCAGAAGUUGUCUUUCCCCGGUUAUAAUGCUUCAACCUACGCUGGGGAUGCGGGCACUUUGACUUCGGUUCAAAUUGAUGUUACGUCGGGAUGUCCAACGGGUGUUCCAUCACUUUCAAUGGAUGAGACGUAUACCGUUUCGAUUACGACACCUAAUGGAAUCGGAAUAAUUCAAGCCAAAGAAGUCUGGGGCGCCCUCCGCGCCAUGGAGACUUUCAGUCAUCUUGUCUACCUACCAAAAGACAAUGUGUACAUGGUGCGAACGGCAAACAUCACCGAUGGUCCACGUUUCCCCUGGCGUGGUGUAAUGAUUGACUCCAGCCGCCAUUUCCUACCCAUCAGCACCCUUCUCCAGAACCUUGAUGUGAUGGCCCAGAACAAGAUGAACGUGUUCCAUUGGCAUCUCGUCGACUCUGAGGCUUUCCCCUACCCAUCGCUCAAGUAUCCUGAUUUGACUAGCAAGGGAGCAUACAGCCCAAAGCACCAAUAUUCCGUCGCUGACGUCAAAAAGGUGAUCGAUUACGCGAGGCUGCGUGGAAUUCGAGUUGUAGCGGAAUUCGACACCCCUGGCCACACUGGUGCAUGGGGAUAUGGUAUUCCGAAUCUAACACCAAAAUGCUAUCAGUCGAAUGGAAAAGCAGGGAUGUUGCCAAACAUCCUCGACCCAACCGUCAAUUCGACCUUCGACUUUUUGAGCGGCUUCUUUGCGGAAGCGUUGGCACUAUUCCCAGAUGAAUAUAUGCAUUUUGGAGGAGAUGAGGUGAUUGAUGAUAUGAAUGAAUGCUGGUACAACAACCCGGAAGUUCGCAGCCGGAUGCAACAGCUAGGUUUUGGUUCUGACACCGGAAAACUUUUGAAUUAUUAUUGGGCCAGACUUUUCGACAUCAUCGACAAGGCCCGUGCCGGAACGAAGAAACUUGUUUGGCAAGAGGUCUUAGAUCAAAAUGUACCGCAACAACAAAGUAUCGCACACGUCUGGAAAGGAGCGACAAUCCAGGAGGCCUAUGAGGAGAUGGGAAAAGUUACUGCAAACGGCCAUUUCGCCAUUUUGUCGAGCUGCUGGUAUAUGAACUACAUUAAAUACGGUGCCGACUGGGGGUAUGUAAAUGAGGAUGCGAUGAGGGCACGUGGGAUGUACUAUCAAUGUGAUCCGCAGGGAUUCCACGGGACAAAAGAACAAAAGAACCUUGUACUCGGAGGUGAGGCUGCGAUCUGGGGUGAAUUUGUUGAUGGAACCAAUCUUAUUAACCGACUUUGGCCUCGCGCUUCCGCAGUUGCCGAACGCCUCUGGUCCGACCCAUCCCAAACCCAAUCGGCAGAUAACGCAUGGCCUCGCCUUCACGAAUUCAAAUGUCGCCUAAUCCACCGUGGCUUCCGCAUGCAGCCCGUGAUGGACCCCGACUAUUGCCCCUACGAGUGGCAGGACGGAUAUCAGGAGAUU